UGGGGUAGCCGGCGUGAAUUUCUUAUCGGAGAUAUUUUUGCUUUUCUGGAACCGUUUUUUUGUUUGAAGCCGGGAUUCCAAGCAACCUUGAACGCCCCGCUGCGCCUGCAAGGGUCUUGGGAUCCCGCUGUGGCCCCUGUUAGCGGGCGGCCAAUGGGCAGUGUAACAAUGAAGGUGCCAAGCUGUCUGGUCAGUACAGAUGGCCUUCGUUUUGUCGUCGUUUUUGAGCAGGACCAACUUAAAAUGCCAUCUCAACUCGCCUGCUCCAACCGCUUGGGUCGAUAACAGUCCUACUUCACUCGCCUCAGCCGAAGCUGCACAUCUUGCAUCGGUCAUGGCAUUUUGGGCUAGUUAUAUCGGGUCAUCCACACUGUAUGCUCUUUGAUCUAAUCUCUCCAUCGUCCUCGGCCAGGCAACCCAGGUUCUGGGUCUUCCGCCGCCGUUCGCCCCAGAAUGAAUUCCGACGCGAGACGCAUCCUGAGCCAGUUUGAUUCUCGCCCGGGAUUUGACUUGCAUCAGUAUCAUUCGCCAGUACGGAUCCAAGAUCGCGACAUCAAUCCAAGUACGGUUGCCACUCUUGUCCUGGUUACUGUCGCCUUAGUAUACCAGUUUGUUCAUAAGCAGGGCCGAGCCCCUUCGCUUCCCAAACUCCUCUGGAAUGCCCUCGUAUCCGUGAUACCAGCCCACCUGCUUUAUGCCAUUGACAGACUGGUCAAUCCGCCACUCUUUCCAAUCCCCAUGCUCGCAACGCAGCCAUCGACCCAUGCCGCGAAAAGCGACGUCCUGCGGAGGAUCUUCCGCGCUGAUAGGGCGGGCAGGCUCUUAGGUUCCGUCUCUCAGGCGGGACUCAAAGGUUUCAAUAGCCUCUCCAAUGCCACCCUUGGGGGUAGGACGGCGGCCGAGCGCCCGCCUGGUCUGGGCAACUACGACAACUCUUGCUUUCAAAACAGCAUCCUCCAGGGGCUUGCGUCGCUAAAAACACUAUCGGAGUAUCUCAGUACACCAUCGCUCGCCAGAGGAUUCGGUCUACCGCAAGCCCGAACGGCCGACACGCUCCGGAAGCUGGUCGCUGAGCUCAGCGGCUCUGAAAGCAACGGCAAGACACUGUGGACGCCGGGGAUUUUGAAGAACAUGGACACGUGGCAGCAGCAAGAUGCACAGGAGUAUUACUCAAAGCUCCUGGACGAGAUUGACAGAGAAAUUGCGAAGGUUGUGCGCGCUCUCGAUACCAUGGCCGGGUUCGAACCUGACAUUGUACGUGAUGACUGCUCCGAAAGUCAACACAGCGGAGACAGUGGCUACCAGAGCGCAGCAAGUCAAUCAAAGGCCCCGGCAGAGCUUCGUUUGGCACGAAAUCCUCUCGAAGGGCUUAUUGCCCAGCGAGUAGCCUGUGUUUCAUGCGGACAUUGCGAAGGGCUGACAAUGAUUCCGUUCAAUUGCUUGACCCUUAACCUUGGCAACCUUCCGGAGCACAACCUUUACGAGAGGUUGGAUUGUUACACAAAGGUUGAAUCGAUACAAGGAGUGGAAUGUUUCAAGUGCACCGUAUUGAAUAUGUACGAGGGGCUUAAAUUUCUGGCCGACCGCACUGGCGGCUUUCCCGAACUGAACGACAGACUCCAACGUUUGGAAGAGGCUCUGGAAGAAGAGAUGUUUGAUGAAGAGACCUUGGUCAAGAAGUGCAAUAUUCCAAGAAAACAGAGGGUCAGCUCAACCAAGACAAAACAGACCGUCAUUGCCCGGGCACCACAGAGCCUAGUAUUUCACAUGAACCGGUCCGUUUUUGACGAAAGGACCGGCGCCAUGUUCAAGAACUCGGCGGCAGUCCGAUUCCCAAUGUUGUUGGAUCUCGGACCGUGGUGCCUUGGGAGCGCUCCUGACCAGACAAGGUCGGCAGAGGAGGGUGAAGUCCCCAAGAAGUACGAGGAGCGCUGGUCGCUGGAUCCCCAUUCAUCCAUGGUGGCGGCAAACCGCCUUCCUUCCAGGCUGUCAGGCCCGAUUUACGAGUUACGCGCGGUUAUUACGCACUACGGACGUCAUGAAAACGGCCAUUAUGUCUGCUACAGGAAGCACUCUGUCCCUCCCACUCAAGCUGUCAAGGAGAAAGUACCCGAGCAGCCGCCCAAGCUCGCGUGCGAGGAUGAUGCUGACCCUGAUGGCGCGAGUACACAGGGAGAGCUGGAGGAUGCAAGAGAGCUUACCGUGAGGCCCGGCCUUGACGAAGGACAGCGGUCAGAAUGGUGGCGGCUUAGCGAUCAGGACGUCACGAAAGUUGACGAGCAGACGGUUCUCGCCCAAGGAGGCGUGUUCAUGCUGUUCUACGACCGCGUCGACUCAGAAUCCCUCCUUAUCAUAGAUUCGGACGACUCGAGUGACCUGUCACCUGCAUCGUCCCAGGAGGACAGCAGGGACUUCAAUAGUGCUGAAGGCCUUGUCAUGCAGAAUCUAGACGCAGCGCAGGAUAGGGGAACGAGCAUGACUGAUUCGGACGUCACGAUCAAGCCUGGGAAUGUCGGAGAUAUUCUCUCAGAGGCCUCGGCGGUUCCGCUGCCAGAUGACAGCGAUGAGGAAUAAGGCAUCCUUCGGUUUGGCGGUUGGUUGCUUGGUCUGUAUGCAUAGCGAAUGGCGUUGUAUUUCAUUCUAGGAGAUACCAUGGACUCCCUUCCUUGGAGUCGGCUUGGGGCGGACAUCUAGACAACAGGCAAUGGGACACGGUGCUGGUUAGGUGGUUUGAACAUGCAUGCAUACUCUUACACUGCAGUUUAGAAUAGUGCGAAUAGGCUGCACACAACAGUGAUUCAAGAUGGCUG